UUCAUAAAGCCAAAACCAAGACAUGAAGAUAGCUUAAAGAUUCACCUAGGUUCCAUUUUUUCUGGUCUAGUUCGGUCUGAACCCAUACAAGAAUUUGCGAGCCCACCGCGCCAUCCGGUUCAACCGUAGACCUUUGCCUAUUACGGACCUAGGUCCAAUACCACUUACGGUCAUAACCUGUUAACUUUCAACUAUACAUACAAAGCAAAAUGGCAGUGGGUAAGGCCAAGCUGAUCUUUGCUAUUACUCUUGCGACAUUGAUUCCUGGGCUGUUGGCAGACAUUGCCUUCUUCGACGAAGUGUGGCAAAAACGAGCAGAGGAAGCAAAGAAAGUGACCUUGAACUCCUACAUACCCAACCCGGAAGAUGCAACCGAUGAUUUUAACUUUGAAGUUAACAAAUACGCUCUUGCAAGAAACAGCAGUUUAAAACCAGACAUUGUUGAUGAUUUUGGGAGCGCAAACAGCACUCUUGUGGACUUCGAUGAUGAUCGUAAUGAUGCUGGCUUUGAACUGCACGCAAAUAGCACUAGAAGGAACCUGAAGCAAGGAAAGAAAAAAUACCUAGGUCCAUGCAAGGUGACGAACCCAAUUGACAAGUGCUGGAGGUGCAGGAGGAACUGGGCAAGAAACCGUAAGCGUCUGGCAAAAUGUGCACUUGGUUUUGGGCGUAGGGCAACUGGAGGAUUGAAAGGAAGGGUAUAUGUGGUUACUGAAAAUUCGGACGACGAUGUCAUGAACCCAAAACCAGGGACUUUGCGACAUGCUGUGAUCCAAAAGGGGCCAUUGUGGAUCAUAUUUUCAAAGAACAUGAACAUUAGGUUGUCGAAAGAGCUGAUUAUGACUAGCCAUAAGACGAUUGAUGGGCGUGGACACCAUAUACACAUUGCUUAUGGUGCUGGAAUCACAAUACAAUUCAUCCAGAACGUAAUCAUUCAUGGAAUUCGGAUCCAUCACAUUGUUGCUACUAGCGGUGGCAAUAUUAGGGAUUCUGUGGAGCACUAUGGGAUCAGGACCAACAGUGAUGGGGAUGGAAUUUCCAUCUUCGGAUCCAGCAAUAUUUGGAUCGAUCACGUUUCCAUGUCUCGCUGCACCGAUGGUCUCAUUGAUGCAAUUAUGGGAUCCACAGCAAUAACCAUUUCAAAUUCCCACUUCACCCACCACAACGAUGCCAUCUUGUUGGGUGCAAGUGACAGCUUCUCAGGCGAUGAGCUUAUGCAAGUCACGGUUGCGUUCAACCAUUUUGGUCAGGGACUGGUACAGAGAAUGCCAAGAUGCCGAUGGGGUUUCUUCCACGUUGUUAACAAUGACUACACUCACUGGCGCAUGUAUGCUAUUGGUGGUAGCAAACACCCUACCAUUAUCAGCCAGGGUAACCGCUUCAUCGCACCACCUGAACUUCAUCUGAAACAGGUGACGAAGAGGGACUAUGCGACGGAAUCUGAAUGGAAAACAUGGACAUGGAGAUCAGAGAAUGAUCUAAUGAUGAAUGGAGCCUUCUUCAUUGAAUCAGGCAAACCUAGAACCAAGAGACCUCAUAAGAAGUUCAUGAUCACAGCCAAACCCGGUUCCCUUGCUACAAGAAUGACACUCUUUGCUGGGGCACUUGAUUGCAAAUCGGGUAGAAAAUGUUAAGAAAAUAAUUUCCUACCACCUGUGGAACCUUCAACUUAACCACCAAGGACAUGUGAAUGAGAACAAUUUUAACGUUGCUUUUCUUGUUGUUUUUUAAUUUAUUUAUUAUUUAUCUUUUAAUGAUGAUGCUGCUGCUGCUUGUUCGUGCCUUUUA